UUCGCGUCUGUUCCCCGUACAUAUCCAAGAGUGCCCAUGCCUGCGAAAUCCUGCGAACACACCGCGGUGAUGCCUGAAAUGCUCGUUGCCAGCUUUGUGUGGGGCGUUCUUGUAUGCGCAGCCCAAGAAUGUGAAGAAGCUCCGAUGCUCCAGAUGUCUGAGAGGUCGUGGGCUCCGCUAGGCGCCACAGGCCCUAGUUUACAGAUUGAAGCUGAGGAUAAUCCCACCAUGGUCGCUGAGGGAGGCGGUCAGGGCCCUCACAUUCACACACUCCAUGCAGAGCAUUAUCUUCUGCAAAAUCAAGGCAGUUUUUCAUUUUGGCAUUUACCGGGCUUGAACGCGAUAGCGUCCAAGAGACUGGUGAAUUUUCAGAUCUUUGCCCACUACUCGGGCCAUAAUUCCUACCUGAAGGGUCUUCUGGUGAACUGGGAUAACCAGGGUGAACAGCCUGGUGCUCUGGAGAUGACAUCGGAGGACUGCAGGUGGCGCGCCCAGACCGCUGGCCACGGCUGGCACGACUUUGAUGGACCUGAGCAUCUUUCGGCCUUCCUGGCAGUUGGCCAGGACCAAGGCCACUUGCGUGUGGAGAUGUUGAUGCCCCAAACAGAAGGAUCAGAAGGUUUCAAGAACGGUUUCAAGAAGGUGGCGCAUCUCUACACCAUGUGCAAGCCAGGUCAUCAUAUCAACGUGAAGAUCAUCAUGUUCUCUCAGGAGCACGUGAGUCUUGUGCAAGGCCAACUUGGGAGGCACAGUGCAGCCAAGGCUACGGUGGCCACCGUGGUGAGCGGCACAGCAGGACAAAGAUGGAGGAGGGACCAAGAAUUCUUGAUGAACAAAAGCUGGAUGGAACUUGGAGGUACUUUCGGUGCUGCCUAUUUGAAGCGAAUGAGGACCCCGACGCCUUUCUGAAAAGCUGCAGCAAGGAAGAAGAGACUGAAGCAAGGCGAACUUGUUCCAAAUUCUUGGGUCAGCCUCCGCCGGAUCCAAAGGAGAUCAGCUUCCAGGAACAUUUCGCUCCCUAUUUCGCUCAGUCUUUUGAAACAGUUUUCCAGGAUUGCAUCUUUGAUGUGUGCCUUGGUGGCGGUGAGAUCCCUGCUGAAUUGGCAGGAGAAUAUCUUCGAACGCCUUUCUGUGAUCGUACCUUGAAGCGAUGACUGGACAAGAAGACACAAUCCGCAGAGUGCAGCCAUGUGCAGCCUUAGCUAGCAGCGCUAGCAGUGUGCAGUUUAGUUACUCCAUAUGGCUAUAUAAGGCUAUAUAUGACUCCAUAUUACUCGACGUUGGCAAUGCUGUGUUCAGCACAGCGGGCGCCUCAUGAUUUCGGCAGC